AUGGGCCAAUUGGAGAGUCAACCUUCUUAUUACAAGCAAGUACAGAAUGAAGAUGGGAGCUUUGUGAUUGUCACCAAUGAUCCAAUUGAUUCAUUUGAGUUCAGCCCCUCAGAAAGCCAUCUAGUGAGCUAUGGCAUCGACUCCCAAACAAGCCCUAAGUUCAAAUCCAAGAGUCUUAGCUCUAUCGCAGGCUUCGAUGCUAAACUGGUGUGCGAUUCGUUCAUUGAUAUCGGAGCUUUCCCUGCUCAGAAUACAGUUGUGUAUGUUGCUUCAAAGCAAGCAGAAGAAUGCAGUUUUGAUGGGAUCAAGAAGACGUUUCAAGAUUGUGCUGCCAGAGUUGGAUCUGAUGGGCUACUUGUAUUCCAUUUCUCUGGGCACGGCAUCAAAGUCGGGCAGAAUGAAUGGGGAUUAGCGCCAGUUGAUUUCGAUUACUCUCGAUCCACCUAUCUCACUGCAAGCGUUCUCAUCAGUUGGAUCAACGAGAUCAAAUGCCAAGCAAAGUAUAUUCUGUUCACGCUGGAUUGCUGCUAUGCUGGAGGGAUCGGUAAGGAACUAACGAAAUCGGUUGAGGUUCAAGUUGAUGCGAAUAUCUGUGUUAUGAGUGCUUGUGCUGGCUAUGAAACCUCGAUUGUUAUUGGCCCUCUCAAAAACUCAAUUUUUGCGUACUUUCUCUCUGAUGCCAUUCUAUGCUGCCAGCUUGAAGCCGGGCUGCUACCAAUAAAGAAAGUAUUUUCUCGAUGUCAAGUGUGCUGUGAGAGCCUCUCUUCUGUUCUGGUUCGAUACAAGGCCGGUAUUCUCAGUCCAAGCACAAUGCAGCCGCAGCUGAAAACUCUUCGUCUUCAAACAGCUGUCAAGGAACUCUCGGGAGAAGGGGUGGACCAAGUGGACGCUGGAAUAGGACGAUUCGAUUUUGCCAUUCAAAUGUAUGAUUAUCAAAAAUGGAACAUUCCUCAGUUAUCUGAGAAGUCGUAUGCGUAUCUCGAAACUGUUUCUAGUAUAGAGGAAGGACCAUUGCUUCAACUCGAGGAGAAUGGUGUAUUUAGUCAGCGUGUUCUAAAUACGGUUGUUUGCUCCAUGAUGUACAGUGUAGCUGCUACUGAGCUUGUGAGUAACCCAGGUAACGUACAAAACCCUAACCUUUCUAUAACUGCAUUCAUGAACUGUGUGGCAGCCAUCGACAUGAUUCAUUCUGGAGUCGAAUUUAACAAGUUAGUCUUCUAUCACAGCUGGCUGUUUUAUCGGGAAGUGCUCGUUGAGAACAACGUCAACAUCGCUAGUCUGCAGCCGAUGUUUGAAAGACUUCAAAGCAUCUGCAGUGAAAGCCACAGGCAGUCAGAGGAAGUUGAUGGUAGUUUGGACACAGCUGUUGAGCCAACAGAGUCUACAGAUUUUGCAGCUGAUUCUACUGAUGGCGUUGAGAGGGCUUCCGGAAAGUACCUACCAACCUUACACAGAUGGAUUCCUGUAUUAGAGUCAGACUUUUAAACUUUCAGGUACAUACUUUUUUGUCAGGCAUACCGUUUUUUUAAAAUCACACUUCUAUAGUUUAGUUAUUAUAAUUAUCAUGCUACGUAUGGUCACAUGUUGUCUCAUGUUUUCUUUAGAAACUACCAGGGAAAUUUCUGGUUAUUUCAUCAUUCUGUAUUAUGCUGAAGUUAA